AUGCCCGAGGGGCCCAAGUACAAGGACAAGGGCAGCCGCUCUUACAAAACCGGUUCAUCCACUCGUCGGCGCUCAACCGAUGCGCAGCCCAAGCUCAACACCAAGUCCAACUCUAUGAGAAAGCCUCAGGCCGGCCACACCAAGCCCAACGUUCAGUCCACGACCAAGUCCAAGAUCCCUCGUGCUCCCCCCGCAUGGGUACCUCAGGCCGUCAAUGAGAUCGCUCCACUUGCGUACAAGGACGACACGCCACUUGGGAACGCGGACAACUUGCACGACAUGUGCGGCAAGAGCGUCACUAGCGACACUGACACACUGCUCAACUCGCCGGUACUUCCGCCUUUCUCGCCCAAGCGCAAGCAGCCCAAGCGCAAGUCUACUCGCCACAAUGGCCGCCCACGUAGGUCCCAGGCUGCCAACCACCGUAGAGCCAAGGUUGCCCUUCGCCUGAAGCUCCUGGCGCCGGGCAGCAAUUGUGACGAAAGCUGGGACUCUUCCUCGCCGCCUUCCUCGCCUCCGCACAACAGCCCCGAACACGACCCCGUCCUCAAGACCUCCGAGCACAAGAGCAUCAAUUCCACUGCGGUCUCACUCUCAUCCCCUGAUCCGCUUGCCGAUUUUUACGACUUCAGCGACUGUGUUCACUUUGGUAACGACGCCGCCUCUAUUGUCGACUUUCAGCUGACGCGCACCGUUUCUCGCGUCAUCCCGGUCGCAGGCCCAACCCCCUCGCGUAGUGCUCCCCGCCGCACUUCUAUCCUUGGUUCCGGUCCCUCGAACACUUCUCCUCGCCUCGCUUCGAUUCACCACUCAGCCCCACAUGCCUCUACUCGCGUGAUUACCCGCCUCGCUUCCCCGAUCCAGAUGAAGAGGCGCUCCACGCCGUACUCGCGGCCGACACUACCCGAGGAUCUUUCGAAAAUUUCCCGCCCACCUCUGCGCGAACUCAACUGGGACCCGUUCGACAAGGCCGAAGAUAUCGACAACUAUGAGUACAAGACCGACCCGAUUCGGUUCACCGCCUAUCACCUCGCCAACAUCAAGGCUUCCCUCGACGGAACUUCCGCGGUGCAGCUCGGGGUCGCGUCCGUGUACAUGCUUGCCAAGGUUCUGGGUGUCAGUCUGAACGAUUUCAAACUCGCUGAGGACAUCAUCAACGAUUCGUCUCUAGCCACUACGAUCCCUCGCGUGAACAUGACUCCGCAUACCAAGGCCGUCAACGACCUUCAUCUCUCUUCUCGCCUGCGUGAUUCUGUUCCCACUCUUCGUCGCGACCGUGCGCCACUUCGCGACCCUCAAAGUCGCGAACCUUACCUCAUUGGUCCUCGGACCCGGUCGGCGUCCAACCCAGCCGAGGAGGAGGUCAUGAAGCGCCGCAAGACGCGCUAA